AUGGAGUUCUCCUCCUUGAUCCUACGAACAUGGUCUUCUAAAUUAUCUAUUUUUCAUUUCAUUCCGGCUACUUUGGACUUUUCUUGUUUUAAUUUGUUCUGUAGUCGAAGGACUAAAAUAUCUGGCGGAAUAACGAGUUUAAAGGGAGAUGAAGAAACUGUAGUAUUAGUAUUUUGUGGUAUUAGUGUUGACGAAGUGGUAAUAUUACGUGUUGAUAGUGUUGACGAAGUGGUAAUAUUACGUGUUGAAGAAGCAAUAUUUUGUGAUGCUGAUGCUGACGAUCGUGAUGCUGGUAUUGAAGUGGCAAUAUUUGGAGGUGUUGGUGUUGACGAAGUGGCAAUAUUUGGAGCUGUUGCUGUUGAAAAAGCAAUAUUUUGUGGUGUUAGUGUUGACGAAGUGGUAAUAUUUCGUGAUGCUGAUGUUGAUGAUCGUGAUACCGGUGUUAAAGAAGCAAUAUUUCAUGAUGUUGAUGCUAACGAUCGGUAUGCCGGUGUUGAAGUGGCAAUAUUUGGAGGUGUUGGUGUUGACGGAGUGGCAAUAUUUGGAGGUGUUGCUGUUGAAGAAGCAAUAUUUUGUGGUGUUGAUGUUGAUGAAGUGGCAAUAUUUCGUGAUGCUGAUGCUGACGAUCAUGAUGCCAGUGUUGAAGUGGCAAUAUUUGGAGGUGUUGGUGUUGAUGAAGUGGCAAUAUUUUGUGGUGCUAGUGUUGACGACUCAGCAAUAUUUGGUGGAGGAGUAUUUGGUUUCAAUGAUUUCUUACGAGUCAUUAUUGGGACUCUCAACAAUCAAUGA